CUACUGAGAAAGGAAGGUAGCCUGCGGCCCAGAAAUCAGAUUGUGGGUUUGUUGGACUCUCAGCAACGUAAACAGGGGAAUGGAUUUUUCCAAAACAGUAAAUUUAAAUGGCACUGUUUAAGCUUCCCCUGAUGUUGUUGGGUUGGCAGUUGAAGCAGAUGGUCCUGAGUGCUCCUGUAGAGACCUCACUGUUUAAAUAUGCCUUUGUGCCUCAUUUCAUCUCUUUCCAAAUGGAAUUUCCCUGCAGUCAUUGCCGAGGGAAUGACUCCGCCACAAAGGAUCCUCUUUCCCCCCGAGAAGAUUUGCAUGGUCUGGCAGCAAAGACAGAGUGCUGGAGCAGGACUCCUCAAUGUGGGCAACACGUGCUUCCUUAAUGCUGUCCUGCAAUGCCUGACAUACACCCCGCCGCUGGCCAACUAUCUGCUCUCCCGGGAGCACAGCCAGGCCUGUCGCCAACAAGGCUUCUGCAUGAUGUGCAUCAUGGAAGCGCAUGUUAACAAGGUCCUGCGUUCAGUCAGUGCCAUCCUGCCUUGGGCUGUUCUCAGGGGUUUCAGAUUCAUAGGAGAACAUUUUCAGCUUGGCAGGGAGGAAGAUGCCCAUGACUUCUUAUGCUGUACUGUCAAUGCCAUGCAGAGAGCUUGUCUGAGUGCAAGCAACGACUUGGACAUAUCAUCUCAAUCUACUACCAUUGUCCAUCAAAUAUUUGGAGGCUUUCUGAGAUCCAGAGUCAUCUGCUUCAGCUGCAAAGCCAUUUCUGAUUCCUAUGAGGCCUUCCUGGAUGUCCCCUUGGAUAUCAAAGUAAGAGGUUUUGCAGUUGUGCUUCAAGACAUGGCAAGGCUUUUCAGAGUCAACACAUUUGUCCUGAAAGCAUAUACUGUGAACACAAGAGGUCUUGGUCGUGGAUGGGAAGGGGAACGGAUGUUGUCCUCCUGCAGAGGCCAUGGCACCGGUCUCUCUGUAGGUGCUGGCUUGAAGCUGGACAAGCACCCAUUAUGCGCUCUGCACCCUUGACAU